AUGGGUAAAAAAGAGAGAAUGAUUGCACAAGAAAACGCUCGCUAUAUAAGCAGCGUUAACAAAGUGAUCGAGUUUAGCAAAGAAUUGACCAAAAUCAAUGCUGCUCACGAAUUCAGCUUCUGCGCCAACAUUGUCAUACCCCAAAGGGAAAACGCUCUUAGAACGGCACUACAUAUUUUCAGUUGCAAUUUCGGUCGCCGUCAUCGCGUUUUCUAUUCAGAUGGCUCUUCUAUCGUAAAUUCAAGACUUAAUUCGGCACCACCAACUGUCGAGCAUACAUCAAUCAUUCCAUCCGGUGCUGCUGUUGUCUACAAAACUAGGAGAGAUGAAAACUGGAACAUGAAAUACUUUACUCCAACCAGCCGAGGUCGAGACACCAUCUUCACCGAAGUUGCUGCCAUUGCACAUGCUUUGACAAUUGCCAUGGCAGAGAGGGCGCUUUACCUGGACGACAAUAAGAAACAUUCCAAUGGAAAGGCUAGGUGGUCCAAAGUGACCAUUUUUAGCGAUUGCAUAGAGGCGCUGAAAAGGAUAUCCAGGCUUCGAGAGAUCGCCAUCGCCGAUGCCCAAUCGCUCUGCGAUCCCAUUCUACGCCAAAUCAUGAGCAUUUCACACUAUUUUUACGGCAAUGAAGUCCAAAUCGAGUUGCGCUGGGUUCCAGGCCACUCUCGGGUUCAAGGUAACUGCCUCGCCGACACUGCAGCCCGGUACGCAGCAAAUCAUCAAAAUGUCGGCAUGCUCCUCCCGGAAGGAUUAAAUUGGGACACGGAACCUUUGUCAAAUGAUGUGAAAACACAUGGCUAG